AUGUAUCCAACAGUUAAACUUUCUCAACAACUUCUUAACACGCCUUUGGGUGGCUAUGGUUUCGAUAAUUCCGCUAUGGAACGGAAUUUGGCUUUUAAUGAAUUGGCCCUCAAAAAUGGCGACAAGGAGUGUAAAACGAAUAUUACAAGUACUGGAACGACUAUUGUGGCUUCUGUUUUUAAGGAUGGAGUGAUUGUCGGUGCAGAUGCACGUUCUACAAUGGGAAAUUUGGUCUCUGUCAAGAAUGCCAUAAAAUUACAUCGUAUAACUGACUUAAUUUAUGCUGCUGGAGCAGGUUGUAAAUCAGACUUGGAAAAGGUUACAGCAAUGAUGGAAACGGAAAUGGAACUUUUUGAGUUGAAUAAUGAAGGGAAAAAAGCUCGGGUUAUGAUGGCUGGGCGUCGUUUACGCCAAUAUUUAUUUCAGGUUUUAUUUUUUUCGAAUAAUUUUGGGGUGUUAAAUAUUGUUUCGAAACCUGCUCAAUAA